AUGGAAAACGUGUAUGCAGGGCAAUUUAGGCAAUUAUGGGAGGGUGCCUUCGAAAUAUAUAAAAAGGAAACCGGUCGAGACCUCAGAAAUGAUGAUCGGCUCCGUAAGUUAGGGAGUGUAGAAGAUCUUAUGGAGAACUUGGAUCGGAGUGCGGAUAACUUUUCGGAGUUUCGACGCAAACGUGAGAAAUUUCGACACAACUUCAUGAAGGUCCUUGGGCCGGUUAUAGGCAUCACCAAUUUUAUCAAGGAUCUACUUCCGGGUACUCCUGGGGUUGUGGCUUCCCCGAUCCUUGCAGCCGUGUCAUAUCUUGUUGAGGUCGGCGGGAAGGUAUCACAAGCCUACGACUAUAUCGAAGGAGUAUUCUCAGAGCUUGAGGAGUUUUCAGGUCGACUUGAAGACUACAUAGCCGGCGGGUUUGAUAAACGUUUGGAAGGGAAGAUAACCGCAAUUCUCACUUUUUUCAUAAAAGUCAUCGGAAAGUCGGAGAAGUUGAUCUUGAAGGGUCGCUUCAGAUUAUAUCUUGACAAGGCAUUCCUCGGGGCCGACGAGGCAACGAAAGGAAUGUUGGAUGAACUCAAUCGACUGAUCAAAACAGAGCAACAAAAGGUUGUCUCAUCAACUUAUGCAUCUGUUAAAAUAAUUCAACGGGAUAUGGUUGCGAACCACAAUGCUCUCCGGGAAGGUAUUGAAGCGGCCGAAGAAGGAAUUCGCAAGGAUAUAACUGCGGCUGGGGAGGAUAUCAAGGGUGAUAUUGCGAAUUACUAUAAAGAGUCUGUCAGUAGGGCCGAUGAGCAAAAGCUUGAGGAGACAUUGAAAGUACCAAUUCUGUCACGAACAAUUGAACUUUAUGGUGAAUUCAAAAGAAGAUUGGUACCGGGAACAGGCGCUUGGCUUCGUAGGGAAGCAGCAUACACCGCAUGGUUUGCCGGUGAGACAUCUCUUUUGUUCAUCAUUGGCGAGCCUGGGUCUGGCAAAACCCACUUGGCGACUUCUAUUAUCAAUGAGGUUCAGGAACGAUUCUCCCACAACAAGGAUGGGGGGCCUGGAGUCACAGGGCCUAUUCCAACUGCUUUUUUCUUCAUUAGAGAAUCGGAUACACAGCUACUCAAUGUUAACGAAAUGCUGAAGGCUCUUGCCUAUCAAAUUAUUGAGUCUGACCCGCUGUUUAGGAGGCAUGCUAUCGAGGUCUGCAAGUCCUCCUGGAAUACAAUGACAGCAGAGGAUACCUGGAAGAACCUCUUUCAGCGGUACUAUCAGGAAAUAGCGACUGAUGCAUCAGUAGUCAUUAUCUUGGAUGGCCUUGAUGAAGCUCCGAAAGCUGAUCAACAAAUAAUAGCUAAUAUUUUAAAGCCUUCUAGCGCUGAUAGUGAGCCACAAGGCCGUGGAAUACAGUUUGUGGUUCUAGGGAGGCCUACGAUACGCAAUAGCAUCCCGUCCAAGGCCGAAAACUCUAUUAUCAAAAUCUCAAGGGACCAAAACCGAGAUGAUGUUGAACGAUAUAUCGACACAAUGUUAUCACAAGUAGUCGUUCUAGAGAAGCUGAAGCGUUUUAAUCGCGCUGCUGCUGAAGUGGAAACCGCAAACCUACGAGUUAAAAUCUCACAACAAUCAGAGGGAGUCUUCUUGUGGGCGCAACUUCUCCUCGAUCAUAUUAAGUCCAUGGACCUUGACGGCAUCAAGAACGCUCUGUCUAACCCACCGAAAAACGUUACGGCCAUGAUAAAUGGUCUUCUAGAACGCCUUGCCGCCGAAGAAGCAGAGGACCUUGACUCAUUUCGAAAAAUGUUAGCUUGGGUCGCUUGUUCGCGAAGACCAUUAUUCUUUGGAGAACUCUUACUCAUAAUGUGCCUCCCGAGUAAGCUCCCAAGGCUCCUCCUUUGGGAGUCUCUGAAUAACAAGUUCAGCACCAUGUUUCACUUGAACAUGCCGGAUGGUUUUAUAUACCGUGAAGAGGAAGAGGAGGAGGAGCCAGAAUUCUCAGAAGUGGGUGAUGUAGACCCGCAGCAGUAUAAUCCAUCACAUGUUUAUUUAGACGGGCCUUCGACCGACCUUCAAAACGCUGAUGGUAGCUUCUCCUCCGGCCAAGGAGAUUUAAAGCUAAGUAAUGAAGGAGCAGAAACCAAAUUAAAGGCCGAAGGAGAACUCCCCCCUCAUAAAUCAGAGGGAGAUGGGGACGCUGAAGGUGACAGCGACAAUGAGAGCUCUGUGGAGAGUACCGUUGAGAGUAGCACCGACGAUAGCGAAGAAGGGGGUGUAACUGGCGAUAUCCAGGAGGAUAAUUUUAGCGAUCUAUUGGAAAAUAUCCUUGGAGAUGAAGACUUAGGAUUUUUAGAGUGGGAGCUUUUCGGGUUCAUUGAGAGCUUAGAAGAGGGCCAGCUGAAAACCGAGGUCAAUUUUUCCCAUCAGCAGUUUCGCGACGUGCUACUCCAGAACCCACCGGAUCCAACUUCAGCUAUCAAGCUUGAUCUUACGGAUUGCUAUUUGAUGAUGGCGAUAUCCUGUUUCGAUAUUCUCAAACUUGAUUCCUGGUCGUCACAUGACAUGCGUAUACUGCCUGUCCUCCUUGACUAUUCCCUCCGUAACCUAGCUUACCAUCUACAAAAGGUCGAAGUCGGUGCCCUUGCCGAUGAUAAAGAGAAUGCAAUUAGAUUGAUCAAAGAUAUUUAUUGGCUUUUCCACGAAGAUGCCGGAAACCAGACCUACUUUCAAUUCCUCUACAACAACAAUGAUCUCUGGGCUGAUCUCUGGGCGGUCUGGGUUCCAUCUAAUAUGUACUCUUCAGCAGUGAGAAAUAUUCUCAAGUUAGCUGGAAAGUAUCAGGAAUCCUUCGAUCCUCAAGAAUUGGAAUGGAUUAACCAGGCGGCGUCCUCAGCAAAGUCUCUUUUCCAACCCUGGAUGACUAGCUGCGCCAGAUUCUGGCUGGAAAGGCGAGGGCAUGGUGAUCCGAAAAUGUUCGACAAAGGGCUACAUUAUUGUUAUUUCUUGCAUGCUUUAGAUUCCAUGGAUGAUGAGGGGAAUAUAGGAUCUUUAGAAAUCCAGGCGUUCUCUUAUCGAUGGGGAAAUACGGGGCCCCUGACCCCAGAAAGAAUUCGCUCCCUAGCAAACUAUGCCACGGAGUCUGUUCGAGACACAGUACAUUGGCAUUCAAUAAUGGCAUGGACGCUAGCCAUCGCCGACUAUCCAGCUGAUGCGAUCCCCGUGUUCCAAAAAGCGGUCGAAAUUGAUUCUAAUGCCUGGCUUGCAUACGAGGGACUCGCAAGAGCAUAUGCUGAUAUGAAAAUGUAUAAGGAAGCUAUUCCUGUAAUGGAAGAAGCUUGCAGAGCCGUCACCGGUAUUUGGGACCUUUCAAAGCAAUUCUACGCUGAUAUAGCUCAAUGGAAACGUAGACUUGGGGAUAAUGCCGGCGCACUGGAGGCCGCGAAAGUUGCCUACCUUGGUUCGUCCUUCAGUCCGCCGACAGUUUUUAGCUACCUAGAUUGUCUUGGAGCGAAUGGGCAACAUGAUGAGGUGUUGAGCAUAUUGCAAAGUUUAUCCCGCGAGACUGACGGAGGGUAUAAAAAGUCACUUCUACUUAUGACUUGGCCAUAUCUUGAUUGGGAUCCAUUUGAUUUGCUCGAAGGAGUAUUUCAAGCAAUUGGAAAAGAGAAGCUAGGAUUCUUGAUCGAGGAUGUAAAGGCUGCAUUGGAGAAUGUGCUAAGCUCGGCCAAUGAUUGGAAAAAGAGAUGGUUCUGCUGGAAGACAGCACGUAUUGUAUACGAAUAUGAAGAAUCACCUAACCUAGAAUUCGUCGUUCAAAACUAUGAGAUGUCUUUGGACCUCUUCGGCAAGAUGUUUAACAAUACAGAAGAGGAGAUAAGAGACAAGCGACAUAUCACGAAUUUCUUGGCGAUGCAAUAUUAUGACAGUGCUGUCGCAGCUUUCAAAUCGGGGACUAGUCCGGACGGAUACGUCAAAAAGUUGAGAGAUUUAGCAACAAGCACUACUACCUCUUCCGGAACGGAUGCACAGGAAACUUUCGACUUCUACGGUCCUGGUUAUCCAUCGGUCUUAUGGGGCCGUUGGAGACAGAUUUUUGAGCAGGCAAAGAAGGUCAAAUGGAGGAAAUGUUUUAGACCACGAGUUCUUGAAGAACUUAACAUGCUCGACGACGAAAACCCCGAGAAUGAUACAGCUGGCGUAUACAAUCUUGCGAUAACUUUACUACAGGCGGGAGACGAUAGAAAUGCUUCGGGACUUCUGACAAUAUUAUUUAGACCCCUCCGGGCUCUGCGAAUUAGGCCGGAAGGUCAAUCUGAUACAACGGUUCCUGCAAAUGCAGAUAAUACCUCCCGCCCAGCACUCACCACGGCACUUACACUCAAAUUGACUGACUGCCACAAAUGCUCUGGGGAUUGUUCCGAUAAGUUGGGAUAUGAAUCAUUAUACAUGUGUGCGGUGUGCCCAGGAAGAAAUUUCUGUGGUGGGUGUAUCGACAAGGUGAAGGCCGGCACUCUGGCUAGACGGGAUUGUAACUCGAAUCAUGAGUGGCAUAGAGCUUGGCCGUCAGAUGAAAAACGGUGGAAAAAAGUGGCAGACGAAAGUGAAGAUGGGCAUCUUGUCAUAAAACCCUCGUGGUUGGAAGAGAUGAGGGGGAAAUGGCGGUAA